AUGUCUUCAAUCGAAACAAAUAAUGGUAAAGGUUUUCCACCAGCAAAACCAUUUCGACGGAGGUUGUCUUUUCGAACUAAGCCAACUCCGGUUCCGGAACCAAUAUCUAUAAAUGGCUUUAAUUCAGUACGAGGGAGCAUAAGGCGCUUUCGUCGUGUUUCUGGAAGUGUUUCAAGUGCGCAAACGUCAUCAAAUUCAACAACAGAUCCUGCAACUAUCAGCCAAUCAACUUCUAAUUCACAAUCACCAACACUUCCAUCCUUUCCUCGCCUCUACAAUAUAACAUCUAUUGCCCGUGAAUUAAGAGAGAUAAAUCUUUCACAGAAGACUGCUGAUUUGACGGCUGCUGUAACGGAAAUGGGUGUUGAAUUAGGUAAAAAAGGUGUAGAACUUGGCAGUAUGGCCAGAGAUGCUGUUGUUGAUCGAUGGAAAAAACGAAAAGAAGAUCCUUCAGCGAAUAGUGGUCUUCUUAAUGCUAAAAGAUUUAUAACCAAGGAAAACAUUUUUGGAGCACCACUUAAAACAGCCGUCACCUUGACACGUGUUGAAAAGGAUAUGAAACAAAUUUACAAAGACCCAUCUAGAUAUUGGGUACCAGCAGUAGUUCUAAGAUGCAUAGAAUUUUUGGAUGUUUACGGUUUAGAAGAAGUUGGCAUUUACCGAAUACCAGGAAGUGUGACGUCAGUGCAACGUAUGCGUAAUAUUUUCAAUUCUGGACUGGAUUUAAAUUUUUUACAAAGUUCUAGGGAAGAUCCACAUGUAGUAGCAACACUCCUAAAGAUGUAUUUGCGCGAGUUGCCGGAAUCUAUACUGACAGAGGAGCUUUUACCGGACUUUAGUGCAUGCAUAGCGAAGCACACUAACUCUGAUCUCAAUGCUAUACCACCAGCAGUUGUACCUGCAUCUGGAUCCCAACAGGUGUCCACUACCUAUUUCACCGCUCCAACUGCGGUUCCCGAAGCACUUCCUCAUGAUCUUGCAACCAUCAUUUCUCGCUUAUCUCCCUAUCAUUUUUAUACAUUGCGUACCCUUUUUUCACAUCUUGCUCGCGUUGAUAGUAAAAAUGACACGAACAAAAUGACUAUUAGCAACCUCGGCCUGAUAUUUUGCCCCAGUUUGGGAAUAGGCUCAAUUCUUUUCAAAGCCUUUAUAUGUCAUUUAGAUAUUGUUUUUGGAAAAGGAUGUAAUAGUGAAGAAACAGAAAUUGAAAAUGAAAAACGAGAACAAGAAGUUAAAGAAAAGCAAGCGCCGCAGGUAUAUCACAGAACUUAUAUUUCCGAAGAUUUCACGAAAAGUUUUGAAGACCUGUUGAUAAUUGAUAGACAUCCUAGUGCAAAUAGUUCGAGUAAUUCAUAUCCAUCGUCGUCGUCAUCAUCCGUAAAAGGUUUACCUGUAAAUAAGGACGAUAUUGACACUCCUAACAAUAAUCAAGACGAUGCUAUGAAAAAUUUUGUUGUAAAUAAUACGACAUUCUCUACAAUUUCACCACUUUCAUCAUCAUCAUCUAUAACAGUGCCAUCUACGCCAUCAUUAAAAGAUGCUAACAAAGAUAUAAAUAGCCAAUUUAAUUAUGACGAAUUUCCUGAACAGCGUAAUCAUUCUUUAGUAAAUAUAGUUGGUGUAGAAAAACCAGGGAGAGCUUUAUCUUCUUUUCGUUUAAGAUCUAGUAGUGUUCCGUUGAAAGUCAUAGAAUUAGAAGAUUUUUCCGAAUCAGAAGAAGAGCAAAACCUUACUGAAGACGAAGGUUCCAAUGAUAUAAGUUCACCAACCCUUAUGUCAUUUGAUUAUUCUGAUCAAUUCGGCACUAAAAAAGGUUUGCUAAAUUUGACAUCAAGAGCAUCAAAUAAUUGGACAUCACUACACAGUGGCAUUAAUGACGGGAAAACCGGCAGAAGGCGCCGACCAAGUUUAGAAGAAACGGAGAAAUGGAAAAAGACACUUUUAACAAAUACGAACACUAAUACACCUCCAAAUAUCACUGAAGUAACUCGCGAAGAGGAUGAGAUUAACGGAAAAAAAAUUCCGAAAACAGGUGUUGAUGUAAAAGCAAUAGUCAGUUUAAUUGACAGUGGCAGUACUGAAUCUUUAAGCUCGUUACAUACUCGUGGAAACGCUAAUUGA